GGGCGUGUAGACGCUGGAGAACGGAUCCGCGUGACCCUCCUCGUGUGCUGUAGAGGUUUUACUACACCGGCUUUUCAUACAAGUUCCACGGAGAGCAGAGAUGGACGCUGAGCAGAUGGGCCCUCAGACUUUCCUUUACGGCUGCGAGCUGAAGCAGGGGAAGGAAGUGAUCUUUAACCCCGAGGAUGACGACUUCGAGCAUCAGCUGUCUGUCAGGAUGGCGUGCGUUGAUCCGGCCACCAAAGACGAGCUGAAUGUGGUGGAAGUCGAGGGCCAGGACUCCGAGGGUCAGAAGGUCAAAGCCGUGCUGGCCACGCUGAAGCCAUCCACCAUGCCGAGCGUGUGUCUGGGUGGAUUUGAGGUCAGUCCUCCUGUUGUUUUCCGUCUGCGCACCGGUUCGGGUCCGGUUCACAUCAGUGGCCAGCACCUCAUCAUGAUGAGCGGAGAUCAGUCUUUUGAUGAAGAUGAUGAAGAAGAGGAGGAGGACGUGAGGACAGCUGUGAAGAGAGGUGCUCCGGCUGCUGCGAAGCCAUCAAAAAAGAUGAAGAUGGAAGAGGAGGAGGAAGACGAUGAGGAAGACGAUGAUGACGAGGAUGAUGAGGAUGACGAGGAGGAAGAAGAGGAAGAGAGCGAAGAGGAGACACCUGUGAAGGCCAAGAAGCCGGCAGCCAAACCGCAGACGCCUGCUCAGAACGGCAAAUCCAACACACCGGCGCCCAAACAGAACAAGACACCAAACACUGGCAAGAAGAACGAGAAGAAACCACAGACCCCCAAAAGCCCGAAGACACCCAAAUCUCCACAAACACCUCUCAGCAUCCCUGAGAUCAAGGCCAAGAUGAUGGCUAGCAUAGAGAAGGGAGUGAUGCUGCCCAAAAUUCAGCCCAAGUUCGAAAACUAUGUGAAGCACGGUUUCAAAGUAACCGAUGUGAAGGUGAUUGGUGAGCUGUGGCAGUGGAGACAGACCGUGUCGAAAUAAUCCAACAUUUUAUUUGGUUAAAUUAUGUCUUGUCUCUUUUUUUUUUUGUUUGUUUGUUUGUUUGUUUUUCUCCCUCCUGAGUUCUGCAUGAUAUCCGUGCCAUUCCUUUUUAAAAGUUCCUUUAAAAGUCACUUUAUUCCACGUGUGUUUGUUUUUCCUGAUUCAGACCUGCCGAAGUAUAAAGUCGUUCCUUCUCACAGAAGGAGCUUCAUAAUGUUUUAUUUCACUUUUUUUAAUCUUUAGUUUUCAUUUAUGUUCAGAAACUCCUGCUAGUUUCUGGUUCCUCUGAAAGGCCACAUGUUCUAAUUCUGAUCUUUUAAACUUCAUCAUGAGUGCAGCUAAGAGAGGUUGUUUCUGAACAUUUCCCCGUCGUGUGAGUUUGAAGCGUAUGCAGCUGUACUUGGGAAUAUACUGUAAAAUAGCAGAGGUUGGACGUUUAUCUCCGAGAAAAUCCGCUCUCUACCCGAUGAUUUGGGAUAAAUGAGAUUUGUUGUACUUUUGCAAUGAUAGAAUUUUACGGCGUAGGAAUAAAGGUUUUUUUGGAAGAAAAAGUU